AUGUCCUGUGAUGGUGGAAUAUACAACCUCACAUCGAACAUCUCUAGUCCCCAAAAUUCUACUCUGGGGUACUGUCUGAAACAUCGCUACUGGCCCAUCUAUGUGGCAUCCAUACUGGGAACAUUUUUUGGAGGUCUCUUCCUCAUCCUCAUUUAUCAUGGUAUUGUUAAAUUACUUAUCUGCUGUUCUAACCGGAAGGCCGAACACGAUGCAUAUUCCAGCUCCUCCUCUUCAUUCCCGGACGCCACGCCUAUCCCAAAUGGCGAUUUCGCUGUGUUCAGCCGUGAUGACCAUGGGAACGCUGGUCACAAACCCGUAGCCCUGCAGUGUACCCAGACGGAGGCAACCAUGUGGCCCAGCGAGGUUGAGAUGUGUGGAGAAAAGGGACUCACAUUACGUACUAUUGACUUUGCCUUCAACAUUUUCUUCCUACUGCAUUUUUUGGUCCGCUUCGCUGCGGCCGAGAAUAAGCUGUCCUUUUGGGUAGACUGGUUCUCUAUUCUGGACUACUGCACCGUGCCCCCGACGAUUAUAGCUUUCGCACUACAAAGAUCUUGGAUGGGCCUACGUUUUGCUCGCAUUUUCCGGCUCUUUAACCUCGCAGAGGUGCUGCAUAAUCUGAAUCUCAUAAAGUCGUCCUACGGAUUGCGCCUUUGUCAGCUUUCCUCCUUAUUCAUCGCGAUCUGGCUAUCGAGUGCAGGAAUGUUCUAUUUGCUGGAGAACACAGGAGAUCCCUUCGGCGAGGAUCCCUAUGGCAAUGCGGUGACGCUGACGUACACAGACUGC